AUGUCAAAAGAUCGAGUGCACGAAUAUUUCAAUCGCAAAUCCUCCGAAUGGAGUGUUGUAAACUUUCUAGAAGAAAUUGAUGGUGUAGGAUUAUUCAAUGAUAGAAUAGGGUAUUAUCUCGCUUCUCUCGAGAAGCUCAUGGAUAUGGAUGAUGGGGAAAGGAACCGGACUCUUGCUCGUAAUUGGGAGAAGGAGCGUAAUUAUGCGGCGAGCGGAGAAACUUCUUAUGGGAAUUCUCAGAAUAAUGGCACAAUAGCAUCAAAUUCUGCAGGUGUAACGAAUACUAAACGCAAGAAAGCUUCUUCAGAAUCUUCAAUAUUAACAAAUAAAAAAGGCAAAACAGCAUCACUUAGUAGAAGCCUAAGAAAAAGAGAAUCCAAAAACUAUGCAGAAAGUUCUGUAGAAGACACAAAUUCGACUGAUUCAAACUAUUCAGAAAAAUCUGAGAAACAAAAAGAACCAAAAUUGCAACCAUGUAGCGAAGGCAUGCUAUCAUCAGAACCUUCAGAGGAUGAAAAUACACCAAUUCUUGCACAACAGUUAACAAUGCCAUCAAAUAUUUCCGAAGAUGCUAUAUUUUGUGAAGUUUCAUUCCAAAAAUCACCGACAACAGAAAAUAUUGAUAAUUCACGUGAAUAUACACCAUGUCCAGUUACUCAACAAUCAAUCCAACAAGCAUUAAUUUUCGCACCAAAUAAACCAAUUGUUAGUAAAUUGAUGUAUGAUAGAUAUUCACCAUACCUUAUUUGCGCAUUUAAUGCAACAAUAAAUUAUGUCAAGGAAACUGUUGAUGAGAGAAUUUAUAUGGAAAUAAAAAAUUUGUUGCAAUUAAAAGAUCGACUUAUUUUACAACAAACUUUUGUUGAUAAAUUGAACAAAAUAUUUGAAACACCUUACGAAGAAGUUGAGUCAAAAAUAUUUCAAGAGACAAUUAUGGGUGAUAGCCAAACAGAAGAAGGAAGAUUUAACUUCUUUGUUCG